AUGGACAUUGAUUGUGUAGUUCUUGAGGAAGAUGAGCAACAAAUUACUUGUGACAUUGACCAUAAUGAACUCCAGACCCACUCCACCAUCACCUUUGUGUAUGCCAAGUGUAAGAAUCAGCUCAGGAGACCUCUUUGGGAUAGAAUGAUGCAUCAUGCUGCUGACAACACCAUUCCCUGGUGCUCAGUAGGUGAUAACAAUGUCAUCACUUCCAUUGAAGAAAAGUUGGGAGGGGUCAUAGCUGCAGAAGAGAAUCUCAUUCAUACUCACAAUGCAAGUUGCAGGACUACUCUACAUGAGCUUAAUGCAGAGUACAUCAGAUUUCUAAAAUUGGAGGAUUCAAUUUUAAAACAAAAAACUCAGUUGCACUGGUUUAAAAAGGGGGAUGCAAACACUAAGUGUUUCCAUUCACUGAUAAGAGGAAGGAGAAGAAGACUAUUUAUCCAUAAAAUUCUCAGGGAGGAUGGGGAAUGGAUACAGGGGGAUGAUAACAUUGCAAAGGUUGCUAGUGCCCAUUUUCAAGGUAUUUUUACAGGGGUGGACAAGUCUAUUAAUGAGCAUUCUAUCAGUUGUAUUCCCAGAAUGGUCAACCAGGAACAAAACAAUAAUCUUACUGCCUUGCCUGAUCUGGAAGAACUGAAGGAAGUGGUCUUCUCUAUGAAUCCUAAUUCAGCAGCUGGUCCGGAUGGGAUUAAUGGCCUUUUUUUCCAGAAAUGUUGGCAGAUUAUUAAGCAUGAUUUCCUUAGUGUCAUUCAUGCUUUCUUCUGUGGCCAUGAGAUUCCUAAAUAUUUCUCUCAUUCUUGCAUUGUUCUUUUACCUAAAGUGAGCAAUCCCAACAAACUUGCUGAGUUCAGGCCCAUCAGUUUAAGCAAUUUCACUAGCAAGAUCAUAUCUAAGCUAGUGAGCUCUAGACUUGGUCCCAUGUUACCUAAUUUAAUUUCUCUUAAUCAGUCUGGUUUUGCCAAAGGCAGAAGUAUAUUAGAAAAUAUUAUGUUGGCACAAGAGAUCAUCCAUCAGAUUAAGAAACCAAAUAUUGGGAGCAAUGUCAUUAUUAAACUUGACAUGGCUAAAGCAUACGAUAGGGUCUCUUGGUCAUAUAUAUGUUUGGUGCUGAGAAUAAUGGGGUUUGAUGAGGUCUUUAUUGAUAUGGUUUGGAGGAUCAUGGCUAACAAUUGGUACUCUAUUAUUGCCAAUGACAAAAGACAUGGUUUCUUUCAAUCCACCAGAGGUCUCAAGCAAGGUGACCCUUUAUCCCCGGCCCUAUUUAUUUUAGGUGCAGAGGUCCUGUCCAGAUCCUUGAACAACCUUCACAACAAUCCAGAUUACUAUGGAUUAUUCAUGGAACCAAGAGGCCCUCAAGUGAACCACUUAAGUUUUGCUAAUGACAUCAUACUCUUCACUUCAGGAAGAUAG